GGUAGCACUAGUCGCAAACUUCAAACCACGGUGUUGGCACCUCUGCGACCGUAUUUUUCCGCCAACAGGUGGUUGUUAAAUGGUAACUAAAUAACACUUUUUAAAAUUUACACGGACUGUUCCAACAAUGUCUGAACAAAAAACCCCCACAAAACCGUGCUUCGUCGUCCUGGAGCCCAUAACCCCAAAGGUAAAUAGCGAAUUCAGCGCCGAGCUUAAAAGAGCAAUCAACGAAAAAAAUUUGCUAACGACCAAAACUCGGAAACGUGUAACGGCAGCACUGGAGGAAAUCGAGCAGGAGAAUCAAGAAUGCACCCGGAAGACAAAAAAAGAGAAAAUUCUGAGCGAAAUACUCGAAUCGGAGGAGAAUUACAUCCGGCAAUUGGAGGUUAUAAUGCAAUUUUUUAUUAAACCGACGCAGGAAAAGGAGUUGUUGAAGCCGGCAGAUUUUGACAUUUUAUUCAGGGACUUGACUUCCAUUUAUAAUAUUAACAAGAAGCUGUUGGAGGAGCUGCACAACUCGAACAAUAAUGUGGCCAAAGCGUUCACCAAGCUUGCUCCGUUUUUCAAGAGCUAUUCGUUUUAUGCGUCGGGAUUUAAGAGGAGUUUGGAAUUUCUACAGAACUGCCACCGAGAUAACCCAAAGUUUGAAAAAUUUCUGGAGAGUCAAGAGACACGCCCAGAGGUGCAGUCCAAGCUUUCAGCGCUUCUAAUCGUGCCAAUACAGCGUGUGCCGCGAUAUAAGCUACUUCUGACUUCUCUAUUCAAUCUGACUUCUCCAGCUGAGCCAGACUAUAACAGUCUCUUAGACUCUCUAAAAAAAGUAGAAAACGCAGCUGAUCAUAUUAACAAAAUCAUCAAAGACCAUGAACACAUGCAACGACUGAUUGAACUGCAGAGGUGUUUACAACAUGGCGAGCCCAGUGUAAUCACUCCAGGACGGUUUUUAAUAAAAGAAGGCCCUUUGUCGCGCCUUAUCAACAAAUCUAGUCACAGUCAAAGAAUGCACGUGGUUUUAAUGAAUGACAUCAUCAUGUUUUGCAAAAUGAAAAAAGAUGAGUUAAAACUAAAUUCUUUGAAAUGUUGUGGCAUUUAUCCACUGAGUAAAUGCAAAGUAAAGACAGUCCAUGACAAAGGUGCGUUUAAAGUGGUGUGCCAGGAUGAGGAAAUGGUCUUGUAUGAUAACAGUUACUCAGACACUAUAAAGUGGGUGGAUGAAAUUGAAGCAGCUAUUGAAAAUUUAAUUAAUGAUAGGAAAACACUUAGAAAAGAAAGUACAGUUAGGAGACCUGUGAAGAGAAAAGAUGUGGGUGAAUACAAUGAAGUUGGGUUGAGCCCUGGUACAAAAUUGAGAAAGAGAAAAACCGCUUUUGUGGAGCAAAAUGAUGUCAGUAGACCUGUGAUGCUGGCGAAAAGGAGGCCACUCAGGACCACCUUCAGUCUUCCAAAUAGUGCAGAAAAUGGAAACUGCACUCCUUCAUUUCUCAUUACAUUAAAACCGCCAGAAAUGAGAGAGUUCAAAGAAAAUCAGAUUAAUGAAAGAUUUGAUGAUUUUCCAUCAAGACAGGAUGCUAGUGUUUCAAGAGACUUGUUCGUUUUUGGGCAACCACACCCUGAUAGAGGUUUCUCCUUUAAAAUGAACCAGUGGUUGUGUGGGAUUGGCUCAUCAGUGAAAAAAUUUUUUGGUUUUAAGUAGGUUGUUUAUGGAGCUGUGUAUAAUUGUCCAAUACUUUAUUACAUCACCUAUGUACAAAUUAUGUAUGAUUUGAUACAAUUUGAAUAUCAAAAACUAGUUACUAAUUCAGCGUCAGAAUGUUGUAAAAUUCAUACGAUUUUAAGUUUUUUGGCAUGACUAUGAAUUGAGAGAGCGAAUUUUGAGUUUUAUACAUUUUUAUAUACACA